AUGUCAGAUCUUGACGAACUCGUACAAUCCCCCACUCAAUGUAAAACCCUACUGGAUUAUAUUGCAGAGCAACUCUUGCUGUCGCAAAAGGGCUUCGUAUCGACUCCUUCUGUUCAGGGAGCACACAGUACCCCUGUUGUAGGGAGCUCGGGCAUAUCCUCCAAUGUCCCGAAGAUCAAAAUCCCCUCUUUGGCUGAAUGCCUACGCCUCGGGAUGAAACCAUAUACCUCACACGGCACAUCGGGUCUUGCUGCUAGAGGACACAGAGAAGGGGGUGGAGAACCUGGUGGAGGGUGGCAUGCUGGAUGUGAACGCCUUGGGACGGUGUCUGCUCCAGCCUGGAGGGAGCAACAGGAGGCCAUCGCAGCAGCAAAUGCCCUGGCCAUGAUGGAGGGCAACGUUGGUGGAGAAGGAGUGGGUGAAGGACCGGAGGAUUGUCGGGAAAUGGAGGCAGAUGUUAUGGACACCAACGAGGGGGAUUAUGAGGAAGGUUCUGCCAUAGAGUUCAACUACGCUAAUUGGAGGAUCGUACAGAUGCAGUUCAAGCAUGCUCGUCAGAUAGUGCUGUUUUUGAAACAGUUGACUUCCAUCACCGACCCAGAGCAACUGCGAUCACUUGUCUCCCUUACGCGUGCUUUGGCAGACUCCAAAUCCUUGGAUGGCAUCCAUAUGGCGACAUCUACGGAGCUGAUUACUCUGUAUAACCUUGCAAAGCAGUGCCAUGCUUAUGAGAACCAUACAAAGACUCUCACCUUCUUCUCUAUGAUGGCCAGUCUGAGGCUGUUUGUACGUGCAAAUAGGCUGAUUGUCAGCGAGGGCUGGUCUAACGCUCGAGUAUGGUGCGAGUGUUUGAAGAAGAGUGGUGAACCUACGAGGAAUUUCCAUCUGUGGAUCCGCGAAGGAACCAUUCUCAUCCAGUUUGCUAAAGUUGGCGGCCUACCCAUGUUGGUCCUUUUGGCACUAGUCAAUGUGAGGACCACCGUAAGGAGCAAUGACGAUGAUUUCCUGUUGGAAAUUUGGGAAUUCAUGCUCAAUCCUCCUGCUGGCAAUGCGGGUGACUUAGUAAGGUUGCACAUAAUACCUGCCUUACAGAUGAUCAACUGCAUGGGCUUACUUCAAGAACUUGACUGUGAGGGGCUGGAGAAUGUCUAG